UAAUGUGAAAGGCCGCGUAGGAAGCGGCCCCUUCUAAAGAUGGCGGCCGGCGCAGACAGCUCGCUGGUUUACGCGCCGCUCUGAGGAUUUUUGCGCCGUUCUCUCGUGCCCGCAGCUCGGUUCUGACGUCAUGAGCAGCCCGGUAACUGGCCGCGUUUCCAGAUGCCGCGUGUGAACCGGACGGCUGUGUUGGCGCUGCUCAUCGUUAGCAGCUCCGUGUUUCUGCUGUUCCAACUACACUACUACCGGAAGUACUUCAGCAAGCAGCCCGGCCCUCACAGCCUCAGCCCAGCAGACCUGACCGCAGGUCACCUGACAGCCAGCACCGUCCAAUGGCAGGUACUGAAGAAGUUCCUGGCAUUAGCGCAGCGCUUCAAGCUGCCGCUGUUCCUCGCUGACACUGCCGCGCUCUCGCUGCUUUCCCAGGAUGCUUUGAGGCAGCGUGCCCAGCCAGAGCGUGAGCCGCACUGCAGCUUCCUGUGCACAGGCCGACCGAUCACGUCGUUCGCACUGCAGGCCAGCCAAUGGAAGCAUGAUUCUGGCUUUCUGUUGGCUGCUGAGCAGAAGGGCUUCGAGCUGAUGGAGCUGCGCGGCGUGGACCCACGACUCGCCAGUCUGGAUACCCUAUCGGGAGAGGACAUCCCCCUGCACUUCCUGUUCCGCCUCCACGGUCACGUCAUACAGGUGGUCUUCCUGUACGAGCGCAGUGGGAACUACCUUUGGCACGGAACGCUGCGCCUCAAAGGCGACAUGGACCAAAGCUUCACCACCUUCAAACUACUCGACUAUGGGCGCCACGCCGGAGCUUACGACAGGCCACAGCUCAUCCUGACCGUCCUCGACGGCAUCGACAUUCGAGUCCCCCGAAACGUUUCUCGCUUUCUGGCCCAGCAGAAACACUCCCGCUUCCUGGAGUGCCAUUACCGUGAUGCCCGCAACUUCUUGCAGCUGUAUCCUGACGACUCAUCUGCGACAGCGGUGGAUUUUCGGAGGAAAGCGAAGGCGUUGCUUCAUUUGGCGGCUCGAACUUUAACUCACCUCGAUGUCCCGUUCUGGCUCAGCAGCGGCACCUGCCUGGGCUGGUUCAGGCAGUGCAGCAUUAUUUCAUACAGCCGUGACGUCGACAUCGGCAUCUUCAUCACCGACUACAGACCUGACAUCAUCACGGCGCUCACGGAUGCCGGCCUGAUGCUCAAACACAAGUUUGGAAAGGUUGAGGACAGUCUGGAGCUGUCAUUUCUGAGCGAUGACAUCAAACUAGAUAUCUUCUUCUUCUAUGAGGAAGGUGAUGUCAUGUGGAAUGGUGGGACACAGGCAAAGAGCGGCAGGAAGUUCAAGUACGUCUUCCCGCGCUUCUUGCUGUGUUGGGCGGAGCUUCUUGAGCUGAAAGUCCGCGUUCCCUGUGAAACGCUUGACUACGUGAAGGCGAACUACGGUGCUUCCUGGAACAUCCCGGUGAGGGUCUGGGACUGGAAGUCAUCGCCGAGCAAUGUGCAGGAGAAUGGGGUGUGGCCUGUGGCAGAGUGGGCGGAGCUUAUCCAGGUGUACUGACUGAUAUAUUGAGAAAUGGCCCCAGCCUCUCACAUCUUUGGCCCCUCCCACCUCCUCACGUAAAGGGAGGAGUUGAUGACCCCCCCCCCCCCCCCCCCCCCUCAAAAAAAAAAACAAAAACAAAAAAAACAAUAAAUGUUUUGGUUUAAAUUGUGCCCCCUGUUGUUUGGAACAUGUGACCUUUGUAUUAUAACAGGAAGUGAUGCAAUCAGUGAUGUUUCCCUGUUUGCAUGUCCCAGGCCAUUUCGGGCACCUGGGUGGAUUGGUGGUGAAGCUGGCGACCGCGUACAUACGUUGCCGUGCGGGCGGCGCGGGUUUGAGUCCCGGCCCGUCGCCAGUUUGCCCGCGUGUCUUCCCCUGUUUCUUUCUCCCAUUUCCUGUCUCUCUCCAGUACCGAUUUAAAAAAAAAAAAAAAAAAAAGCCACUGUGGCCAAAAAUGCAAAAAAAAAAAAAAAAGUGUCCCAGGACAUUUCUCAAUAUGCAUACUUGUGUACUUGUGAAACUUCAUCGGUCUCAGCCCAAGUACUGUUCCAAUUCAAAGUACACAUAAACCAAGUACGCUCAAAAUACCCGGAUGUUUUCUUGCUCCGCCCCUUCUAUUGAUGCAUCAGUGGUGACCUGUGUGGACUUGUUGCAGCCAAGUAUCCCAGAAGGCAUUUAGAAUAAAACUCAAAUGCAGCAAUGGUGGAGGAGAGCAGCUAAAACUGUGAGUAACGUUUGAAAUAUUUCUGCUUCUGUGACACAAAAUAAACUUUUACAAUGUUUUCAGGUGAGAAUGUAGAUGUGUAAACCUCAAAUAUCUGCUUGGUUUAUUGAGAUACUUAAUUGCAAAACUGCUCCAGUGUUUUUGAAGCUUAGUUCCUGCUGCUCUAACAGCAGCUCUCUGCUUGCCGGGCGGUCAAGCUCACUAUACCCGGGGAGAACGCCCGGCACAUCGUUUUCAAUACUCCCGCUGGUUUUUGCUGCUGAGUGGAAAUUAAACACAGGUAUAACUCACUCAGAUGAUCUCUAAUGGCUGAUGUUUGGUUUAUUUUGGUGUUUCAUUUGUUCCUGAUCAAAUUGGUUUGGCUGAGAUUAAAGCUUCAUAACUGGAUAGAUUUAUCUAACUUUGAUGUCUUCCUGGAGAAUAUUUCAUUCAUCUUUUUUCCCCGAUGUACAAAUGUGCUACACUUGUUUUAACAGCUUAUUUCGAAUUAAAACUGAAACUAAAAGUAUUUUACUCAGGAAGGAACCUGAGAGGCUUUUCACCGGGAACGGGAAUAUCGCAGCGGGAUGUUGAUGCUGUUUAUAGAGAUCGUGAAGACUGCUCCAGAAAUGAUCAAAUUAUGUUUUAAAUAUUUAUUCCACUCUAUUCUAAAUGCCAUCUGUCUGUUGUAAGUGUUGGGAGUCUUCUGGAAUAAAAAUAUAAUUUUAA